AUGAUUGCUAAUGGAGAAAAGGAAGAAGAGCCACCAAAAAGAGUUCCACCAGCUCGAGAAAUCAAACUAGAAGAGCGACUAACAACGGAGGACACUUUUCUUUUCAAGUUAGAAUCUUUCUUAAUGGGAAACUUUCUUAAAAAUCGAUUCAGUUGGGGGGGGGGGGGGGGACACAAAAAUCUCCCCAAAAAUCUGAAACAUCGCUCUGGAAAUCAAAAUUCGAAAAGAAUGAAUUCAAAAUUGAUCAGAUUCAUGAAUGUCAACAAUUUGAAUCCGAAAAGUGCAGUUUUUCAAGAACGAGUUCGUCAAAAUCUAGCCAACGCAUUCAUCUCGACAACGAUACUCUCUGCGAUUCCAGGAAUUAUAAUGGCUGUUCCAGUUGGAUUGACUUUUGGAGGAUUUUGUGCAAUUUAUGGAGCAAAAAUUCCGAAAAAAUUGGCUGAAAAUCCAAAAAUCGAUGAGGAUUCUGGAAUUUCAGAGCAUUCUGGAAAUUCUGAGACGCCUUCUGAAGACGAGAAGGACAAUAAUGAAUUUUUUGAUUUUCAGAAAAUUUCCCCGAAAUUGAAAAUUCUGGAAAAUUCGAAUAAUUUGGGACCACAAAUUUUAGAAUAUUUGGAGAAAUCGCAGAAAUUUGGAAUUCUGAUAACCCUUCGUGACGUGGCAACUCUUCUAGAAUCACCAACGACUUCUGAAAAUACAGUCAGAAUUCAGUACAAGAAGCGGAAGAUUAAAAUUGUGAAAAUUGAGAAUUCUGGGAUUUUGGAGAUGUUCGAGAAUUCUAGAAACUCUGAUGGAUCGCCGAUUUUGAUUUUGUUGGAAAAAGGAAAUUCUGAAGAUUUUAAAAUUCAAAAUUUGGCUGAAAAUCGACAAUUCGUUAUGGAGAUCAAGGAGAUUUUUGAGAAAAAUGGAGAGGAGAAAAUUGUGGAAAAAUCGGAUUCUGAAAUUUUGAUUAUCCGAAAAGGGGGCGUGAUAAAUUUGUAUUUUUGCGAAGUUUGGGAUUUUCGGAACUUUGGAAAUUCUGAAUUUCCAAAAACUUUGGAAAUUCUGCACCAUGGACACCAUUUUCCAGCCCACCAUGAUCCUGCUCACCAUGGGACCCAUCAUGGUACCCACGAUCAGUCCCAUGGAACCCAUGGUGGGUACCAUGAUCCUGCUCACCAUGGGACCCAUCAUGCUACCCACUAUAAGUCCCAUGGAACUCAUAGACGCCAUUGCCUAGCUUACUAUGGGACCCAUCAUGGUACCCACGAUCAGUCCCAUGGAACCCAUGGUGGGUACCAUGAUCCUGCUCACCAUGGGACCCAUCAUGCUACCCACUAUAAGUCCCAUGGAACUCAUGGACGCCAUUGCCUAGCUUACUAUGGGACCCAUCAUGGUACCCACGAUCAGUCCCAUGGAACCCAUGGUGGGUACCAUGAUCCUGCUCACCAUGGGACCCAUCAUGCUACCCACUAUGAGUCCCAUGGAACUCAUGGUGGGUACCAUGAUCCUGCUCACCAUGGGACCCAUCAUGCUACCCACUAUGAGUCCCAUGGAACUCAUGGACACCAUUCCCUAGCUUACUAUGGGACCCAUCAUGGUACCCACCAUCAGUCCCAUGGAGCUCAUGGACACCAUUCUCCUGCUCACCAUGGGACCCAUCAUGGUACCCACUAUGAGUCCCAUGGAACUCAUGGACACCAUCCCCUAGCUCACUAUGGGACCCAUCAUGGUACCCACUAUGAGUCCCAUGGAACUCAUGGACACCAUUCUCCCGCCCAUCACGGAGAACACCAUGGACACCAUGAGCACAUGGAUGGUCACCAUGCCCCACACCAUGAGCAUGGUACCCACCAUGAGUUUCAUGGAACCCAUGGUGGGUACUAUGAUCCUGCUCACCAUGGGACCCAUCAUGGUACCCACUAUCCCACUAUGAGUCCCAUGGAACUCAUGGACAUCAUUCUCCAGCUCAUCAUGGAGAACACCAUGGAAAACACCACGGACACCAUGCCCCCAGAUAAAAAAUAA